AUGGAUAGACCAUCGCCAGAUUACCCACAACACGACCAACGCAGACCUCCAACAUACCAUGCUCCAUCCUUAUCUUCGUUGUAUAACUCCACGAGACCAACUAAGCCUGAGCCUGUUGCUUCUACAUCCCCGCACGACGCUCGGGAAAGAAGGCGCAGCGAGAGACGAACUGUCUCCCCAACGAAGAAACGUUACAUCCCUCACAACGGCGCGACCUGUGGCAACGACUUAUGUGACAGUCCGGAAAUCUCAAAAGAUGAAGAGCUCUGUCCGGGACCCGACGGCCUCGAACUAUGUUAUCGGUGUUACAAGCGCUUCAAGAUCGCGCGCAGGCGAGCUCGAGACGCAGGCCAAGACAUGACGGACGACUGGAUGAGACCGAAACGACGUCGUCCGAUAUCACAAACUGUUGCGCAAGCGACUCCUGUUGAAGAACCACAGAGACCCGUCACUGCCGUUCUCAAUAAGCCCGACAUGGAGCAAUCGGAGCUGGAUUUGCCCUCACCUGGUGACAGACCACGCGCAAGCCGGAGAGCUAGCAAAUAUAGCGAUUACAUGCUCAAGACGCCUGAAACAGAGUAUUCGGAUCUGGAUCUGCCGUUGCCUGGUGACACAGCGCGCUCAAGCCGGAAAGCCAACAAAUACGGUGAUCGACCACCCUCCUACUACGAUACGCGUGGAGAAGGUCUCAACAAGCAGUCUUCGCACCAAGCUGCGCCUUCCAACUAUGAGAAGAGCCCAGAUCUCCACAGCGUCUCUACUAGUUCUUUGAAAGAAUACGACAGACGUACCUCACGAUCACCUCGAAAGCACCGAUCGGGUCGUAGAGGAGACGAACGAGAGAACAAGCGCCGUAGUCACGCUCGAGAUGAUUCGACAUACGAUGAGGCUGAGUUCUACAAGUACGGCAGGGCGGCAGAGGCCGGUUACUACGAUAGACAAGGGGACGAUUACAACAACCGGCGAUGUGGCUGCUGCAGCAUGUGGAGCCGCCGACGCAAAUGCGUAGUCUUCGGCCUCACCGCCUUCUCCGUCAUCAUCCUGAUCAUCAUCAUCGCCGUCGCAGCCACACUUUCCCGCAAGAGCAGCUUCAACUACGUCCCCUCCACCGCACAAGUCAACAACACAGCUGCCUUCACCACAGGCGGCGCAACGCGCAAAAGCGUCAACGACACAAACGACGGCAUCGGCGCCGGCACAGAUGCAUACACCUACUACCACGGCGACGCGUCAAACUUCCCAAACCAAACCCACUGGGUCACCUUCACAGACAUGUGGACUGCCAAUCUGGAUACCUUCAAGUACUCCUGCGGCUGGCUGGACAGAGGCGACGACAACACACCCGAGAUGAUCCAGGACAUCUACAACGCGAUCCAAGACCGGGCCAACGCCUCGCUUGUAGACCACCGCAUCAUUCUCGCGACCAUCCUCCAAGAGACGAACGGGUGCCCGCUGGUGCCGCACACCACGUCUUCCGGGGGCACGCGAAACCCAGGCCUCAUGCAGAGCCACGACGGCCACCAGUACGAUGCGAAGCACAGUCGGCUUUCUAUUCUGCAGAUGGUGCAGGAUGGCACGCAGGGGACGCAGAAGGGGUGGGGCUUGGUGGAUAAUCUCAAUACGUAUGGGAAUCCGUAUAAGGCUAUGAGGGGGUAUAAUAGGUGA